AUGCCGUCCCCGCCAAUGUUGAGUGAGGAAGCCGUCCAGCAUCUCCACCGCGCGUUUUCCACUGCGCAACUUUACAUGGAUAAGACUGCUGCCGCAGCCACGCUACUCGUAGCGGCACUCGACUUUGCAUAUGGAGAUGAUUUAUACGACAUCAUUGCCUAUAACGCCACGCUCGCGGACGCGUCGCCAACCUCAGACCCGCGCCGGACAACGCUUCAGCCGGAGGAAAUCGAGAUACGCAGUGCCACGCAGUGCAGAAUCGAAACACGGAAGCAGCUCGCGAGAGGGUUGCAAACUCUUUAUACACGUAGGAGCGUGGGCUGA